AUGGCUCCUGCCACAGAUGGGACUGAACACAUCUUCACCCUGAGAGCCCCAACACGCAAGUUCCUACAUUUACAUUUCUCCUUUAUGAAAAUAGGUGUCAACUUCACGGUGAGCAACAAGGACACGGUGAAGAACAGCGACGUCCUCUUCCUGGCCGUGAAGCCCCCCAUCAUCCCCUUCAUCCUGGAUGAGGUCGGCCCCGACAUCGAGGCCCGCCACAUUGUGGUGUCCUGCGCAGCUGGCGUCACCAUUAGCUCCAUUGAGAAGAAACUCUCUACCUUCUGCCCUACACCAAAAGUGAUCAGGUGCAUGACCAACACCCCUGUGAUUGUCCGGGAAGGUGCUACAGUCUAUGCCACUGGGACUCAUGCAGAUGUGGAGGAUGGGAAGCUCUUGGAACAACUGAUGGCCAGUGUAGGCUUCUGCACUGAAGUGGAAGAGGAUCUGAUAGAUGCUGUAACGGGGCUCAGUGGCAGCGGCCCUGCAUAUGCGUUCACUGCCCUGGAUGCUCUGGCAGAUGGAGGAGUGAAAAUGGGACUUCCUCGCAGGCUGGCUGUUCGGCUUGGAGCCCAGGCCUUGCUGGGUGCUGCCAAAAUGCUGUUGGAGUCUGAGCAGCAUCCGGGUCAGCUGAAGGACAAUGUCUGCUCACCCGGGGGAGCCACCAUCCACGCCCUGCACUUUCUGGAGAGUGGCGGCUUUCGCUCACUCCUCAUCAAUGCCGUGGAAGCUUCAUGCAUCCGGACAAGGGAGCUGCAGCAUUUGGCAGACCAGGAGAAGAUCUCUCCAGCAGCCAUAAAGAAGACUUUGUUAGAUAAGGUCAAGCUGGAAUCUCCUUCUCUGUCUGUGGCAUCUGCCAGCAAAGUCAGUCUGUUCACCAGUAAGAGCCCCAGCAGUAAGAAGAACUGACCAGGCUACCGUAAUCUGGCUGUGCUGAUAGUCAGUCUCCUAUAUGUCCUUUCUUCUUUGUUUAAGGAAAAACCUCUCGCUGUGGAUGUUGGUGUUCCCCAUACCUGGCUCUCAGCUUGCAGCAGCUGUGGGGCAGCAUGAGGCUGUAGGAGAGGAUCUAUCUAUCUAUCAAUCACCUCUAGCGGGAUUGGUGAAAACUGUCCCUAGCGUUGCUGUUCUCUGUUGGGCAGGGGCGUGAUAGCAUCACCAGAGCUUUAUCAAGGGCAUCAUUUGGCCAGAGGCCCUGGAUACCCCCAGAGCUCAGGCAGUGUUUAUUGUGUCCCAUGCAGAUGUGGUUUCUACUGGUAUUUCUAAGAGGUUUCAGAAUGCCUUUUGGUCUCAGUGGUUUGAACCAGGCUGGAUCCCUCUUGCCUCAGCAUGUGCUGUCAGAGCUUGUCUUCUGUCACUGUCUAUAUUAGCUAGAACAGAUACUACUGCAGAAAUGCAGUGCUCUGCACUCCAUUAGAGGCUAGGCUCUAAUGUACCUCUCAAAAGGGAUCAAAGUGCCUCUGCCCUGUUUCCCAUCUGCCUUGAUUUGACAAUGAUGUGAACCCCUGGCCUUCAAGCACCCCAAGUGCUUGAACCGCACCCCAUCUCUCUUCACUGGCUACUCCUUCUCCCUGCUGCACGUAGUUUGGGAACAAUGACCUACUCUCACUGUCCUUCCUUUGCUGCCUAGCCUUCUUGGGUGUUUGGGCAGGUGGAGGGGUAGCACGUGCUCCCUCUUCCCUCUGUUUCUGGCACCUGUGAACUCCUCACAAGCAGAAUCUGCUCCCAUACACCCAUGGGUAUGCUUCAGUGGUCGCUGUGCUCCCUGAUGCUCUCCUUGCUGCCCCAGGAGAAGUGCAGAGCGGAGGUCAGGGAUACCCUCCCCCAGAGAAAGCCCUCUACUGCGCUGCUCCCUUAGGCUCAAGUGGGCUUUGUCUGGUUGGGUUUGGUACCCAGGUGCUGGGUUACCGCGUGGCAGCAGAACUCUCCUCGACUCCUUUCCUUGAAUUGGGCCGUGUCUUCUUCUUGGGUUGUGGUGUUGGCACUCGCUGCCAGGGGCUACUGUGCUUCAGCUCCUGCAGUUUAGAUAUGCUGCAGUGGGCUGGUUCUCCCUUCCAGACAAUAGUGCCCUGGGCUGGGAUGAUGAAUUCUGGCACAGCAGCCCUCAGUAUCCCUUUGUGUUGGCACAGUUAGGUUUCUUUGGCAUUUUCUAGCCCAUUUCUGAUUAUUAUUUUUUCUUCCUGUUCUUUUGACGACAUCACGCUGCUAAUGGCUAAAAGAGGAAACACCUAGAAACUAGUUGGGGAUGCUUCAUGCAGUUGCAUUCCUAGUCCUUUAGUAUACAAGACUGAAGGGAAACACGGAAUCCUCUGGUCUGGCUUGUGGCUCAAAUGUUGUUCUUUCUCACAUAGCUUAUCUUGCAUGAGAUCCAGGAAGAGAAUGGUUCAGUCCUUGCCUGACACAAAAGAGGUUAAGGGAGUACUCGUGAGUGCCUAGUGCCUGUGCAGCAACAAGGAGCUGUUUGGUGAAGCGUGUCCAGAUGACUGUACCCUUGCAGAGGAGGAAAACCCUUGAUGUUCCCGUCUGGAGAAUUUCUCUCCACCGUAACUCAAAUGUGUGAGCAAGAAACAGCAGAGAAAAAUGGGGUCUGGAAGCAGUGUUUUCUGGUGCCCAUUGAACUCCAGGACUUCUGAGGGGAGAAAUCUGGCCAGGCUUGGGGUAGCAGCAGGCUGAGAGGCAAGCCCUGCUUGACCCUUCUCAGCAACUGGGGGGAUUACAGCCCAUCAUGUAGAAAGAUGGUUAAUCAGGCACGGUCUUGGGAGCCAUCUCAAGAACAGCAGCAAAUACAAGGUUUCAUCUGCUGCUUUAUGUGACUUUUUUAUAGUAAAUACCCUUGGGUGGCUUCCUUGCCUCUACUCUUCUCUCAGACCCUGAGUGCUAUCCUGAGCCAGAAAACAGUACAAAGCAUUCAAACUGCCCCUAUCGCUUUUAGCUGGCUGCAGUGGAAGCAGCAGACUAGAGGGGAUGGAGGGGGUUUGGGUGGAUAAAUGUCAUACUAUAUUCUACCUUGGGAUACACUGGGGUAGUGCUGGUAAAAGGAAGACAUUUAAGCUGGGCUUAUUUUCUCUCCUGAGGAAUCCUGGGUAUCUUGGUGAUACAGGAAAAGCAUUUAGGUAACAGUGCAGAGGCUGCCAAAGGUGCUAAUAAUAGAAAAGCUUCUUCAGUGUUAGGCUUUCGGCUGGUAGCAGGGUAUGACCCUUUAGGCCUUGGAGAUGGUGACUCCUCUUCCCUCUUUAUAUAAUAAACUGCUUCUCUGACUGA